AUGUCGGACGGUGAUGGCCAAGCCGAACUCUCUGGAGUCGCUGCUCUCACUAAGUUAGUCGCAGCAGUUAGUCGCAGCGCAGAUGCAAGCUGCCAAGGCCAGAGAACAACAAUUGUCCAAACUGUUUCAAGACUGUUUCAAGACACUUUGAAAAGUCUCCAACAGCAACAACAACAGGCCACGGGUUUAGCCCCAACGUCUACACGCUCGACACCCACAUCCGCACCAACACCAAAGCCGCUGUCUGUGGAUCGUCCAAUGUUGCUUUCUACUGCGUCUUUGGCUGAUUUCGCCACAUGGGAAGAAGCCUGGGAAGACUAUUCAGCGUGCCAGCAACUUGCUUCUCAUGGCUUGAACACCAGGGUGAGCGCCCUUCGUCAAGCGUUUGACGAGGACCUCCGCCGCUUUCUCCGCGAGGGUAUCAUCCCCAUCGGUGCAAACGACGAUGUUCAUGUUAUCAUCGCCGCCGUCAAAAAGUAUUUGCGACGUUUACGUAAUCCUUUGUUGGACAGACUAGCAUUUUACAAUCGUAAGCAGUCCAGAGCUGAGCCGUUUGACGCGUUUUUCCCCUCCCUGAGAGAGUCGUAUAAUGCAUGUGAUUUUCCGGACUUGUCACUAUGCACUACAGGUUCGGGCCAAAUAUGCGGAGGGUGCAAGUCCAUCCUACAACAAGUCACACAUGAUGUACUGCGUGACCGCAUUGUCGUCGGCAUAUCCAUCGAGGAAACCCGACACAAGUUGCUUGCCACACCAGACCUGACCCUGGAUGCAGCCAUCAAACUUUGCCGUGCGGAGGAAGCCGCGUCUGACACCUCCCACAACAUUCCUGGGCAGGCGGCGCAUGUCAACGCCGCACGGAAGUCCGCGUACCAGCAGCAGAAGCGACAGUCUGCCGCUCACUCCUUUAAUAAGUCCUCAGCUGCUCCGAAAGCACCAGUUAAAUGUCCAAACUGUGGUCGUUCCGCGCACACCAAGUCUGCAUGUCCAGCCAUUGGGAAAUUCUGCAACGGAUGCAAAGUUGCUGGCCAUUUCCAAUCAAUGUGCCCGAAACGUAAGAAGCAAACUCAGAUUGGCAUGUUGAAGGUCCGGCGCGCGCAGGAGUUCGGCUCCGACACUGUUCAACUUGCAACACAGUUAUGCACUGAACCACAGCCAGUGCAGCUUCAAUGGAUCCCGAACACUGGGAGUGACAUCGAUGCAAUUGGCAUCCGGCAACUUUCCGUGCUCGGCGGAUUCGUUGAGAAUCUCGACAGUGACUUUGACGACGUCCGGACAGCGAGUGGCGACAAGCUCGUCACUGUCGGCAAGAUUUGUGUCACUAACCAGGUCAAUGACCAAUCACAUGACAGCGUGCUCAAUGUUUAUGACGGUCUUGACGACGCACUGCUGUCACGUUCCUCAUUGAGAGCCCUAAAUUUCUUGCCGCCCGGCUGGCCCCAGCCAGUCGCACGUGUGAGCACUCCACGUACGCCCAGCCCGACAGACCUCGUGAAAAUCCGAUCACAGUUGCUUGAGGAGUUUUCCGACGUCUUUGACGACAGUACUCUCAAACCAAUGUCUGGGCCCCCGAUGGACAUCGUUCUUGAACCCGAUGCCAAGCCUCACCGUGUGUACACUGCCCGUCCGAUCGCCUAUGCUUACCGCGAGAAGGUCAAAGCUCAGCUGGAUGACAUGGUAUCUGAAGGCAUUGUUGAAACUGUGUCCGACCCGUCUGAUUGGUGUCACCCAAUAGUCAUUGUUGACAAGAAGGGCUCAACUGAGAAGCGGCUGACUGUCGACCUGCAGACACUGAACCGCCAAGUCAAACGGCCAACACACCCUAUGCGCAACGCCCGAGAAUGUCUCUCUGCCAUGGGUCCUGCCACAUUCUGCCGCAACCCGCAAGGCCUGGUGUCGGCCGGUGAUGAAUUCAACCGUCGGACUGACUCUGCAUUCGAUGGCUUGCAGAACUUCUUCAAAAUCGUUGACGAUGGUCUCGUUCACAAUGUAAGCUUCGAUGACCACCUCGUCCACGUCCGUGCAGUCUUGCAGAGAGCCCGUGAUCAUGGUAUUACUCUCAGCGCCAAGAAGUUCACCUUCGCUGCCAGCACUGUUGAAUUCUGUGGCUUCACCGUGUCCUCUGACGGCUACACUGUGGACCCCGCCAAGACGUCAGCCAUUCAGAACUUCAGCACACCCAGCAAUCGCACCGACUUGCGUUCCUUUCUCGGCCUGGUCAACCAGUGCAGCGUCUUCACGCCACGACUCGCCGAGCUGGCGGCACCUCUCCGACCGCUCCUGAAGACAUCCAAUGAGUUUGUCUGGGACUCCGUCCACACUGCAGCAUUCGAUGCUACAAAGGCAGAACUCGUCUCCCCAUCUGUGCUAUCGUUCUUUCAGCACGGAAAUGCACUCCGGCUUGAGACAGACGCUUCAGUCCUGAACGGCCUCGGGUACGCACUUUGGCAACUCCAAGACGACAAGUGGCGCCUGCUUCAAUGUGGCAGUCGCUUUCUCUCGGACGCUGAAACACGCUACGCAGUCAUCGAGCUUGAGCUGCUAGCAGCUGUAUGGGCCGUACACAAGUGUUCCCUGUUCUUGUCCGGUGCACCGUUUGAGCUCUGUACUGAUCAUCGCCCACUAAUCCCGAUCCUGAACUCGUAUUCUCUUGACCAGAUCGAGAACCCCCGAUUGCAGCGUUUGAUCCUGAAGCUGCGCCCGUACCAGUUCGUUGCCAAAUGGCGCAAAGGCACCGACAAUGCUUUUGCCGACGCUCUCUCUCGGCAUCCAGUUGACACGCCUCACAGUGAUGAAGAAUUUGGCGAGAGUCCAGCCCUCAGUGCGCCCGCUGUUCGCGCGUGCCUACGCCAAGAUGAUGAUGGCCGUAGCGUCGAUCUCCGCUUCAGCGAGCUACUAGAAGCUGCGAGAGCUGACCCUGAUUAUCAAGCACUCGUGCACGCCGUUCGUCAUGGUUUCCCGACUAAUUCGGCUAAUGCCGACCCUGCUCUCAAGCCGUACUUGACAGUCCGUGAGCACCUCUCUGUGGACAGUGAUCUCGUCCUUAAGGGCCAACGUGUUGUCAUUCCUCGUGCCUUACGUUCUCGUGUCCUCCAGGACCUGCAUGCAGCACACCAAGGUCUCACCCGUGCUCAACGUCGUGCCCGCCAAGUUGUGUUUCGGCCGAACAUCUCUAACGACAUCGCUAACACAGUCUGCAGUUGUGAGAUGUGCCGGCUGCAUGCCCCAUCCCAAUGCAAGGAGCCCCUCCGUGUUACCGAAGAUCGUCGCCCCACUCUCCCAUUCGAGUUCGUUAGUGCUGACCUCUUCUCAUGUCAAGGAUGGGAGUUCCUCGUCUAUGCAGAUCGCCACACUGGUUGGCCGUGCGUCGCCAAACUCGGCAGAACGGCCUCGACUUUGGACGUCAUCCAUGCCCUCCGCCGCUGGUUCGCGGACACUGGUGUUCCUCGAGUUCUCACCACAGAUGGCGGCCCGCAGUUCUCUUCUCGCCGAUUUGCCGAUUUCUGUAGCCGUUGGCAAGUUGACCACAGCACGUCUUCGCCACACUUUCCGCAAUCCAGCGGACAUGCCGAGCCGGCUGUCAAAGCUAUGAAGCUGCUGAUUGCCAAGACGACUGUCAAUGGCAACCUCGACAUCGACCUCUUCCAACGUGGCUUGCUGGAGUGGCGCAAUACUCCACGCAGCCACGGCCGGAGCCCUGCCCAAGCGUUGUAUGGGCGACCACUUACGUCGUUUGUCAUCGCCCGCCACACCAGCUUCGCCCCUGAAUGGCAGGCUGAGUCUGACUCUGUUGACGCUGCCGCAGCCAAGCAGUCUGCCGCCGUUGCAGGCCGCUACGAUGACUCUGCUAAUCCCCUCCCUCCGCUACGCAUCGGCUGUGGUGUUGAUCUCCAGGAUCCACGGUCCAAGCUGUGGCACACCAGCGGUGUCAUUGUUGCCGUCGGUCGCAAUCGUGACUACCUCGUCAAGGUACCCAGUGGCCGCACCUACUGGCGCAACCGUCGCUUCCUCCGACCCGUAACUGCUGCUGUUAUCCCUCCAGCCCCAACCUGCACGCCGCCUGCUGGCAAUCCUGCUGCUAACGUUGCCUCUUCUGAUCCGCAACCGCUCCGCCGCAGCCAACGCUCUCGCACUGCACCUAACCGCCUGGACAUUGCCUCGCAUUCCACUAAGUCAUAUGAUUAG